GGCGGUCGCACGUCGGGUUAGCCACGGAGCCUCUCCCUCCCUUCUGCUGCAGCAGUGAGGUUUUUCCCAGCCUAUUUCGCGACCCUCAGCCUCCACCCGAGCGCCAUGGCUCCGGCUAGGAAGGGCGGCAGUCGGGUCGCCAAGACCAACUCGUUACGGAGCCGGAAGCUCGCCUCCUUUCUUAGGGACUUCGACCGUGAAGUGCAAAUACGAUCCAAGCAAAUUCAGUCAGACAGGCAGAACCUCCUCAAGGAGAUGGAUAACCUGUACAACAUCGAGAUCCUGCGGCUCCCCAAGGUGCUGCGCGAGAUGAACUGGCUCGACUACUUUGCCCUUGGAGGAAAUAAACAGGCCCUAGAAGAGGCAGCAACGGCCGACCUGGACAUCACAGAAAUAAACAAACUGACAGCAGAAGCUAUUCAGACACCCUUGAAAUCUGCCAAAACACGAAAGAUCAUAAAAGUGGACGAAAUGAUAGUGGAAGAGGAAGAAGAAGAAAAUAAGAAUAAGAAUCUUCAAACUGCCAGAGUCAAAAGGUGUCCUCCGUCCAAGAAGAGAACCCAGUCUGUACAAGGAAAAGGCAAAAGCAAAAGGUCCAGCCACUGUAACACUGUCACCCCAGCUGUGGGCCGGCUAGAGUUGUCUAUGGUGAAACCAACUCCGGGCAUGACGCCCAGGUUUGACUCGAGGGUCUUCAAGACCCCGGGCCUGCGCACUCCAGCAGCCAGAGAGCGGAUUUACAAUAUCUCCGUGAAUGGCAGCCCUCUCGCCGACAGCAAAGAGAUUUUCCUCACGGUGCCGGUGGGUGGUGGAGAGAGCAUGCGGCUAUUGGCCAGUGACUUGCAGAGGAUGGACAUCGCACAGCUGGACCCGGAGGCCUUGGGGAACAUUAAGAAGCUCUCUAGCCGCCUGGCCCAGAUCUGCAGCAGCAUACGGACUCAAAAAUGAGGCUCAGGCCGCUGUCAAGAAGCCAAACUUGACAGGAUGGACCUUCAAUAGGCACUUCCGGGACCCUGGAGACUUCUUCCCUUCAGGCUUAUUGUGUGUUCGAGUGUGAACUUCCAGAGCGGGUCGUGGUGUUCCUCCGGGAGAAUCUGGGACGUGGGGAGACACGCUGCUCCCCCAUCGGUUAGAUUAGAGCUUUGCCGUUCACACUUCCCAACCCAGCUGCCUGCUGCAUCCGUGCAGUUGCAGCUUCCUGUCAUUCUCCUGGCAGAAUUCUCCUUCCUGCUCUGAGCUGCCGCCUUCUGCCUCCUGUAACCUGGCACCUUCUCUGCCCCGCCCCUACUUGGCGGAGGUGGCGUGAAAGAGGCUGGUGUUCCUGGGAAGACCACCUGCUCCCCUCGUCCGAGGGCCCUCCGCUUAUGGCUGGGAAUUUCAAGCUCAGAAGCGUGAGCUCUGGGCCACGGAGGACAGAUCCGGAAAGCUGGGAGGAACUGUAAAAUGGGGACAGGACAGCAGGACGGGACGUGUCCCGGCGGUAACCACAGCAGAGCACCUCUCCCCCCGGCCCCCAGCCCUGCUUUCUCCUCUGGUGGAUGCUCAGUGGGGCUUCGGGAUCUUCCGCUCGCUGUGCCCAGUAGGCUCCUCCAAGCUGGCUCGUGGAACACGUUUUGUAUUUAUCCCUUUACCGAAGACCAAAAACUGGUUUGGAGGUGGCUUCCGUGUCUGCCUCCUCUACCUCUCUAGUCGGUAGGAAUUUGGAUUAGACAAUUCUAGGGCUUAGCUUAGUCUAGGGUUUUUAUGGGCUGGCUGCUGUCGAACUGUCUCUAAGCUCUCUCCAGUCCAUGGACCUUGCAGGGACCGCUUCCUCGUACGGGGUUCCUGGGGAGGCAGGCGUAACUUCCCCGGUGGCCUCGCCCCACAUGUUCAGCCUGUGCUCCGGGCAUGGACUAGUUAUUCAGAGUCCGCACCAAGAUCCCUGGGCUCCAGCCAGCACCCCCCUCCCCUCUGAAUGAGAUGUGGUCCAAAAGUCCGGGAACUGAGAGUUCCUUCCCCAGGCUCAAGGGCGCUGGGAUUUCACGUGUGACUCUGUCUUCUACCUGGUGUUAUUUUGCUACGGGACCCUCCUAGCGACCCAGUCCUGUUGCAGCUGUAUUCCUUAAGUUGUUGUUCUCCCUUUCCUGAGACUUUUGUGCUAUUGUGUUCCUGAGUAAUGGCAUCUCUAAGCUGUUAUAGUUCAAGCUACUGCAAGGUACCUGUUUUCAAUAAAUUGUGGGUUUGUUUUUAAUA